AUGGUGCCGGCAAAGAAGCAGAAGCAACUGGUGCAUAACAAGGAAGAACAAGCGGAAGUAGAAGGCGCAGAAGCAGGAGCGGUAAUAGGAGAAGCGGAAACAAGGUGCGCUGGUGUAGAAGCUGCUGAGGGGUGGUUAGCCGGCGCAGAAAGUAGGCGAACAGGUGGAACAGGACAGAAACAAACGGUGCCGGCAAAGAAGGAGAAGCAGAUGGGCGCAUAG